GAAGCAGCCGCGAACUGCGCAUGCGCACUGACCGACCCGGAAGAGGAGCUGCGCGGCUCGUGACCGUUUGUUGUUUCCAGUGAAUCUGAAAAUCAACCUCGGAUGAAACGAUGACGCUUCACUUCACUAAAGAUGUGUUACCGGAAACUGUGAGCAGCGACUUCCAGAACCUGAACAAACUCAACGAGCAGCAGUUUCACCGUCUGAUUGAAAUUCUGUUCCAGUUCCUCCUGGAGCCUAAAGAGACGGAGAGGUUCAUGCAGCAGCUCACAGACUUCGCGGGGGAACAGGGGAUGAGCUCCGCUCCUCUGAGGAACCUGAUGAAGAGCGUCCUCCUGGUGCCGCAGGGAGCCCUGAAGAAGAACCUGGCAGCUGAGCUGAUCAGAGAGGACCUGGUCACGUUGGGACUCAGCGAGGACAAGGCGUCUCACUUCUCACAGCAGUGGGCGGAGCACCAGGAGGCGCUGUCCCGACAGGCGGUCAGUCAGGCGCUGAUGGUCAACCAGCUGCUGGACAUGGAGUGGAAGUUCGGAGUGACUGUGGGAACCAGUGAGACACAGAAAGUGGGCAACAUCUACCUGCAGUUGAAGCUCGUGGUCAGAAAAGGGAAUUCCACUGAAAACGUCUUCAUGGAGCUGACACUCCCUCAGUUUUACAACUUCCUGCACGAGAUGGAGAGAGCCAAGGCCAGCAUGGAGUGCUUCAGCUGAGGGGGGGGGGCUCUCCUACAGCUGAUCUUUGUGAGGACCAGGUUGAGACUCCGGCUGCUCCUCACUUUGUGACCCUCCUUUAAUAAACUGCUGUGGGUUGGAAUCAGGUUGAAAUGGUUUGAAUUGAUCUGCUCUUCACUCAGAGAGCUUCACAGUGCAUCUAUUAGCAGAACCUUUGGGUUCUAUGAGGGGCAGGUCGGGGUCCAGCACAUUGCCCAAGGGCACGUCAGCAUGCAGAUGGGCUCCUGGGGAUCGAACUGCCGACCUUCUGGUUGGAGGAUGAAUGUUUUACCAGCCGCUGUUUAGGUUCAGUUAAGGGUUAGGUUUAAGGUUAGGGUUAGGGAAUGCAUUAUGUCAAUGAGUGGCCUCACUAAGAUAGCUGUACAAACAUGUGAGUGUGUGUGUGUGAGUGAGUGAAUGGAAGAGUGUGUGUUUAUGUAAGGCUGUGAGUGUGUGUUUGUGUGUGUGUGUUUGUCUGUGUGUGUGCGU